UAGAGAUGUACAUAUGUACCGUGCAAGGAGGUGAUUUCAUAUUCUCUCCAUCAUAUAUAUUCUCCCAUAUGUGAGAUGAGCUGUGCUUCUUCAUCACACGAAGCCCUCUUCUCUUCUCUCAAAGCCCCGACCCGGAAUUUAGCAAUUUCCUCUUCUUCAAUUCUCCUUUUUUUUCCCGGGAGCGAGAGAGUGAGAGAGACGACAGAGUUGAGAGCGCGGCUUUGGUUUUCGGGUUUCGCCUGAACUCUCUCUCCGACCAUCACUCUCUCUUCCUCUCUAUCCUCACUUUGAAAUUCCCAUUGAUCCUCUCUCAUUGUGAGUUUAAUGUCAAUGCAGAUUUGUUAAUUAAAGGCCAAUGAUUUUGUUCCUCUUUUUCUAUUCGAGGGUUUUUGCGUCGAGCUCUUGAAAUUCGUUUUUUUUUAUUAUCUAAUCACAUCGUGUAAAGCGUCCUUGAUUCGAUGUAGUAACUGGGUUUUGAAAAAAAAGUCUUCAGAGCCAUCCUGAAUUUGCCAGAAUCGGGACUUCUCUGCCAAAAGAGUUAUCAAUGAGUCGUAGGGUACGGAGAAAAUUGGAGGAGAAAGGGAAAGAUAAGAUUGUUUUGCCAAGUUAUCCUGAGACUAGCAACGAGGAUUCAGUAGCUCCCGAGCUUCAUUGCUUUGUUGGCUGGACUAGUUUGCCUUAUGACACGGUGCUUCAGUUGUUUACUUGUUUGAACUAUCGUGAUCGAGCCAGCUUGGCAUCCACUUGCAAGACAUGGAGAGCUCUUGGUGCUUCCUCUUGCCUCUGGAGCUCAUUGGAUCUUCGUGCUCACAAGUUUGAUGCUUCAAUGGCGUCUUCUCUUGCUUCUAGGUGUGUUGAUCUUCGUAGCCUUCGGUUUCGUGGCGUCGAGUCUGCUGAUUCCAUUAUAAACCUCAGAGCAAGGAACCUCCUUGAAGUCAGCGGCGACUACUGCAGGAAGAUUACAGAUGCUACAUUGUCGAUGGUCGUGGCGCGCCACGAGGCACUCGAGAGUCUCCAACUUGGACCUGACUUUUGUGAGAAGAUCACUAGUGAUGCUAUCAAAGCUGUGGCCUUUUGCUGUCCAAAGCUUAAAAAGCUUCGUCUUUCAGGGAUAAGAGAUGUUACUUCUGAAGCCAUUGAGGCUCUGGCCAAGCAUUGUCCACAGCUCACCGAUCUCGGGUUCUUGGAUUGUUUAAACAUCGACGAGGAUGCAUUGGGGAAAGUCGUAUCUGUUCGAUAUCUCUCUGUUGCUGGGACAUCGAACAUAAAAUGGUCAGUUGCAUCGAAUAGAUGGGAUAAGCUUCCGAAGUUAACCGGUUUGGAUGUCUCUAGGACCGACAUUGGUCCCACCGCAGUUUCUAGGCUCUUGAUAUCGUCGCAGAGCUUGAAAGUUUUGUGUGCUUUAAACUGUCAUGUCCUCGAAGAGGAUACAAGUUUCAUCAGCUCCAAUAGAUUCAGAGGAAAAGUCUUACUCGCUUUGUUUACUAAUGUUUUCGAUGGAGUCGCUUCUAUAUUCGCCGACAAUGCAAAGAAACCAAAGGAUGUAUUUUCCUACUGGAGAGAGUUGAUGGUGAAAACCAAAGAUAAAGCCCUUGAUGACAUGAUGCGAUGGAUCGAAUGGAUUAUUUCUCAUACGCUUCUACGUGCUGCAGAGAGCAAUCCACAGGGAAUGGAUGAUUUCUGGCUGAAACAAGGAGCUGCAUUGUUACUCACUUUGAUGCAAAGCUCACAGGAAGAUGUUCAAGAGAGAUCAGCUACUGGACUUGCAACUUUUGUAGUUGUGGAUGAUGAGAAUGCUAGCAUAGACUGUGGAAGAGCUGAAGCAGUUAUGAAAGAUGGAGGGAUCCGUCUUCUUCUAGAACUUGCGAGAUCAUGGCGAGAAGGGCUUCAGUCAGAAGCUGCAAAGGCUAUUGCGAAUUUGUCGGUAAAUGCUAAUGUUGCAAAGUCUGUUGCUGAAGAAGGAGGAAUCAGAAUUCUUGCUGGUUUGGCAAAGUCAAUGAACAGACUUGUGGCUGAGGAAGCUGCUGGUGGACUAUGGAAUCUCUCUGUCGGAGAAGAGCAUAAGAAUGCUAUUGCUCAGGCUGGAGGAGUGAAGGCACUAGUCGAUCUUAUAUUUAGAUGGCAAAAUGGUUGUGAUGGAGUCUUGGAAAGAGCCGCGGGAGCAUUAGCAAACUUGGCAGCAGAUGAUAAGUGCAGCAUGGAAGUUGCAACAGCGGGAGGCGUGCAUGCCCUUGUGAUGCUAGCUCGCAAUUGCAAGUACGAAGGAGUGCAAGAACAGGCUGCUCGUGCUUUAGCUAACUUGGCUGCUCAUGGAGAUAGCAACAAUAACAAUGCUGCCGUUGGACAAGAGGCAGGUGCAUUAGAAGCUCUUGUUCAACUUACACAGGCGCCUCAUGAAGGUGUUAGACAAGAAGCUGCUGGUGCUCUAUGGAAUCUAUCAUUCGAUGAUAAGAAUCGAGAAUCGAUCGCUGCAGCUGGUGGUGUUGAAGCUUUGGUGACGCUCGCGCAGUCUUGCUCAAAUGCAUCCACAGGUCUUCAAGAAAGAGCAGCUGGUGCUCUUUGGGGAUUGUCAGUGUCAGAAGCUAACAGCAUUGCGAUUGGACGGGAAGGUGGGGUUCCACCUCUAAUUGCACUUGCACAAUCUGAAGCCGAGGAUGUACAUGAAACAGCAGCAGGAGCUCUAUGGAAUCUUGCUUUUAAUCCUGGUAACGCUCUCCGCAUUGUGGAGGAAGGAGGAGUUCCAGCUCUUGUUCACUUGUGUUCCUCUUCCAUCUCAAAAAUGGCUCGUUUCAUGGCUGCAUUAGCUUUGGCAUACAUGUUUGAUGGAAGGUAUAUGUAUAUAUAUAUAUAUAUAUAUAACGCAGCUUAAUAAGCAAUCCACACUCAGUUUGACUCUUACGGUUUCUGAUCUGUACUAUCAAUCUGCAACAGGAUGGACGAGUACGCUCUGAUGAUAGGAUCGUCUUCAUCGGAGAGCACAUCGAAAAGCAUUAGCUUAGAUGGAGCAAGAAGAAUGGCUCUUAAACACAUUGAAGCUUUUGUCAUAACUUUCAUGGAUCCUCAAAUCUUUGUAGCCGCAGCUUUUUCAUCUACUCCUACUAUGUUGGCACAAGUGACAGAGAGAGCUCGCAUACAAGAAGCUGGCCACUUGAGAUGCAGUGGUGCUGAAAUCGGAAGAUUCGUAACUAUGUUACGCAAUCCAUCUUCGAUACUCAAAGCAUGUGCUGCGUUUGCGCUUCUUCAGUUUACAAUACCGGGUGGUCGUCACGCAAUGCACCAUGCAAGCCUUAUGCAGAACGGAGGAGAAGCAAGAGUUCUUCGUUCUGCAGCUGCUGCUGCAAAUAUGCCUCGGGAAGCUAAGAUCUUUGCCAAGAUUAUCCUUCGCAAUCUCGAGCAUCACCAGGCUGAAUCUUCCAUAUAAUUUUUCUUCUUCUUUUUUAGAAAGUGAUAGUGAAAAAAGUCCACAUUUACUCAGAAUUACCUCUGUAUCUCAAAUACACAGAACUAAGCCAAAACCAAGCUAUGCUGCAGAACCAAACACUCAAGAUGCUUUAUCAAACCAAGACUGUACUCUGUGUGAUAAUAUAUCAGACUUUUUGUUUCUCUUAUUCUCGUUUUGAGAUUUCAGUAAUAACAUGUCCAAAGGAUUUGAGGCUGUUGUUUUGUCUAUCUUCUUCAUCAUCCUUUUUUUGGGCUCUGUUCAUUUCGUUGACAUAUACAGUAUGUUGUUGACUUUUGUUCAUUAAAAAAAUAUAGAAAGAGAUUGUGCAACA